AUGCUUUUCACCAACCUCUUUGCGCUCUUGCCUCUCCUCGCUCUCGCCUCUGCGCGACCCCACGAUGACAAACUCCACCGCCGACAGUGCACCGCCCACAGAAACCACAAGUUCUCUGCUCACGGGAACGGGACGCUCGAUGAUGGCCAGGAGAGUGCUGUGGCUGCUGUUGUCGUUUCUGCUUCUUCUACUGCUUCUCUUGAACAGGAGACGCAGACGGCUAUGUUCAUUUCGAGCAGCACCGAGGUCCAAGAGACUUCCACUUCCGUCUCAUCUACGUCCGAGCAGCAGGCGACGACCACCUCGUCUUCGUCCCAAGAGGAGACUGCCACAUCCGCCUCUUCCAGCGCCAGCGCCGAAGCGUCGUCUACUGGCGCCUCUUCGGGUUUGAGCGCUGAUGCGCAGACUUUGGUCGAUCUUCACAACGCUCUCCGAGCCCAGUACGGUGCUGGCAACGUGACUUGGAACGAUGACUUGGCUUCUUACGCUGCUACUGCCGCUGCCAAAUGCGACAUGCAGCACACCGGCGGCCCGUACGGCGAGAACCUGGCUUCCGGCGUUGGUGGCGGCUACGACAUUACCGCCGGUUUCCAGUCGUGGGCUGAUGAAGCUUCCUCCUAUGACGGCAGCCCCUCCCACUUCACCCAAGUCGUCUGGAAGGCUACCACCGAGAUCGGCUGUGCCACUUCCUCUUGUGCUGAUGGGACCAUCUUUACGGGCUAUGGGUCGGGCUCGCUUUACCUUGUUUGCGAGUACAACCCAGCCGGUUAUGUGAUCGGCGACUUUGCUGCCAAUGUUGCUGCUUAG